AUGGAGAUUGCUGAUGAUGUAACCACUGUUGUACUCCAUCAUCACCACAGCUACUAUGAGGUCAAGCUUUCCUUUUGUAGCUCCGAGGUGCUUCAGGCAGUGAAGCCAUAUGCAGCUGUGGAAAGAGUCUGUGUGACUCCCUGCAGACAUCUCUUCACUAAUUCCAGCUACUCAGGAACAUCAAGGGACUUUGACAUAAGAGUGGGAGUACACCAGGAAUCAGCUCUUAGUCCACUACUCUUUAUCACAGUAAUGGAGGAGGCUACUAAACUGGCAAGAGGAGAUGGCCCAUGGGAGCUACUCUAUGCUAAUGAUUUGGUAUUGACAGCAGAAUCAAGGGAAGAAGUGACUGACAUGUUUAAUAAGUGGAUGGAGGGGAUGAAGCAGAGGGGACUGAAAAUAAACAUGAAGAAGACAAAACUAAUGGUGACCGGAAAUGAAGCUAGAGAAAGAAUUCAGUCAGGAAAAUGGCCAUGUCUGAGGAAUCUCAGAGGGGCGCAGAACUUUGUAUGUCCAAGAUGUGUGCAGGAGGAGGGUGGUGGUGACAGUGGUGAUGAUGAGGAUGUCGAAUUGGAGGUGUGUUGGAGGAGGUACAACAGUUCUGCUACUUGGGAGAUAUCUGUAUCUCAGCCAGAUGCUGAGAUACAUGGCAGGAGUGAGGUGCAAGAUGGGAGCUCUAGCAGUGAGGUGGCGGAGAUGUGUGGAGUUGAAGACCUUUCUGUUGAGCUGAGGAAGAGAAGACUGAGAUGGUUCGGACAUGUAAGAAGGGCAGAGGGAGGGGUGUUGAGCGACGUGGAGGAGGUGACGGUUGGAGGCCAACGGCCAGUGGGAAGGCCAAAGAAAAAGUGGAGGAAGUGUGACGGAGGAUAUGAAUUUGUUGGGAAUAGAACAUAUGGUACAAGAUCGCCAGUUGUGGAAAGCAGUCAUCGCCCAUCCAAUCCCACCCUAAUGGGAAAAUGUGGACAUUAA